AUGGCGGGACACGGACACAGCCAUGGAUGUGGGGAAGACCACGACCACGAUGUACACACCACCGAAGAACAGAGGGGAGCGUUAUUCAGUCUUUACUUGAAGAUCGAUACUGACAAAGUUCAGUGUUUAAACGAAACGAUCGAUGGAUCUGGGAAGACAGUUUUUAAGCCAUGGGAUAAGCGGAAAGAUAAAGAGAAUUUUGUGGAAAGUGAUGCUGAUCAAGAACUACUGUUGAAAAUUCCGUUUACAGGCAAUGUGAAGUUAAAAGGAUUGAUUCUUAUAGGAGGUGAAGCUGAUACUCAUCCCAGCAAAGUUAGAUUAUUUAAGAAUCGACCUAACAUGAAUUUUGACGAUACUGGGUGUGAAGCAGAGCAGGAGUUCAUGUUAAAUCCUGACCCUGAGGGGGAAGUCGAAUACACCACAAAAAUAGCCAGAUUCUCAGGUGUUCAUCACUUGUCCCUGCACUUCCCAUCAAAUUUUGGAGCUGACUCCACUAAGAUUUAUUACAUAGGGUUAAGAGGAGAUUACACAGAGGCUCGACGACAAGAGGUUACAAUUUGUACAUACGAAGCUAGAGCCAAUCCUGCUGAUCAUAAAACCAACCUUCUUGAUUCAGUGAAUCAUGCAAUCCAGUGAUAGGAGUGCUACAGUUUCUUCUGGCAUGAUUGUCGAUUUAUAUGGUCAGAUAUGUAAACAUCAUUACCUCCGCUUAAGACACACUAUCGUUUGGUUGCUUUGGCUGUUCCCAGUGGGCCAUUCUUAAGUGAGGUACACGCAGUGGAACAUUUUGACAGGAUGAACAAAUAAAUGAAAGCAACCAGUGAAAUUAAUAUGGAACAAUCUGUGUUCGCUAUAAGGAUUCCAGUUGUGCUUUCUCCACUUGUUUCAGAAUUUUUUUAGGUAAAUAAUUCAAAUUUAUUCCUGUUAAAUAUGCAUUCUGCUGUUCAGAUUAACCAAAGUGUUCUUUACAAUAUGGAUGUAUUGAAAAAAUCAUUUAAGAUUGCAAUAUAAAAUGUAAGAUCAAAUUUGGAGUAAAAAGGAAACAUAAUGUGAGAGAACAUUAAAAAGUAAUGCUACUUUUGGCUAAAAAUUUUAAAAAUGUCGUAGCUUUUCCAGAUUUAUUUUAUAAAUAACACAUUUAUUUUAUAAAUAAAUCUAUUGUUUUACUAUAGAUGACCCUGUCUACUAGGUAAAUUAUGUUGCUGCCUGACUUGUUCAAGAUAAGAAACUACUAAGCAUUUAAAAAUGUUCAUUUAGCGAAUCCUGGUUGCCUCAGCUCUUUAGAUGUGGCUGUUUAGUGGUUCGGCGGAUACAACAGGCCGCCUGUGAAUUACCUCCCUUGUCACACGACAGCAGCUUGAAGCAAUGCCAGGUUAUUUUUGAGGAAUGAUUUGGACCUCCUCUAAUGAGGUAGGCAAGCAGGUCAUGACAGAGACAACCAUUUUCAAGAAAACAAUGUCGAAAAACAUGACAACCAUCGAGAGUUGCAGAAAUGUUGAGAGAUCUUUAAUGGAAUCAGUGUUUUUUCAGCUUGGCUAAAAUAUACAAUAUCACUGAAGCUCUGUGUUGUACAUUUAUUUUAUUAGGGAAUAUUUAAAUUUCCUCUGAAUGUCGUCUUAUAACCACAGCUUACAACAAGACAUUUAAGUUGGAGAGUUGCAUCAAGGGGAGGUACUUUGGUGCCACCCUAUUUGGUGUGAUAGUUUAUGUGAUUUUGACUAGAUAAUUCUUGCUGGCCUUAAAAGGACAAAGGAAAAACUUACUUACACCAGUUCCAAUGGAAAGAAUACCAUUUCCUCAAAGUUGUCAUUAAAGCAUACAAAUCUCUGCCAAAGUGAACUGUGUUUUCAUGCUAACUGUUGUCUGGGAGUCCAAGUUGUAAAAUCCACUUCUUCUUGAGUUAAUGGGUGAUUGUUGUACAUCCAUACAUCAACCAGAAAAUGCAUUGUUUGUGCGAGGAUUAACUUCACCUUCGUAGUUAAUUUGGUCCUGAAACGACAGGU